AGCUCUUGACGCCUAAAGGUGCUGGAAGGAGUGUAGGAGCGCUGUAGGGAAUUUACCAAAAGGACAUCUUUCUCUAUUAUUUGUUGUUGCUGCCUUUGUGUCUUAUUUGUCCCUUGCCUCCAGAAUAUGAUGGCGAGUCAAGUUGUAAAACCUGAUACUAGAAAUUGCAAGAGACCAAGAGAGCUGGAGCCUCAAAUGCCAGAUAGUCCACAUCUGUCCUCUCUUGGAAAAUCAGAUUCCUCUUUGUCUGAAAGCUCUGGACUAUUUUAUAAAGAUGAAUCCCUGGAGAAAGAUUUGAAUGACAUGAGCAAAGAAAUUAAUCUAAUGUUGUCUGCAUAUGCAAAGAUCUUAAGUGAGAGAGCAGCAGUAGAUGCAUCUUAUAUUGACGAGAUAGAUGGACUCUUCAAAGAAGCCAAUACUAUUGAAAACUUUCUAAUACAAAAAAGAGAGCUCCUGAGACAGAGAUUUACAGUGAUUGCAAACACACUGCACAGAUAAAAUUUGUACUUAAAAUAAGCUGAGAAUUUAAGCCCAUUGUUGUUGUAUUAAGAGAAUGACAUUUAUGCUCUGACACCUCUCUAGUUGUUAAAGAAACUGUGUACCUUAAACAUAGAAGGGGAAACUGCUUGAAUUUCUUUUCUAGAUUUAAAAGGGGCUUUAUGCUGGACAAUAAUAUGAAGUAUGUACCUUUUUUUUUGAGGCUUAAAUAUUUGGCAUAUUUCAUAAAAGUGUAAAUUAUUUAAAUUGUAUGUAGGUUCUUUUUUUUUUCCUUAAACCUCCUAGCAUUUCUUAAAUUUCUAAAAGAGGACUCAAUGAGUUAAUUUGGUAAUAUGUAACAAUAUUGCACUUUUUCUUUGCAGUACUCUAAGUAGCAGAUAGGUAGCUGUGGAGAUAGUUUUAAAAUGUUUUUCAUGGUCAACAUCAUAAAAAAAACAAAACCCAAAGAUAAUUUGUCCAGUGUCACAAUAUGUAGUAAGAUAUAGCUAAGCUAUUGCUAUUUAAUGUUACCAUUUGAUUAUUUUCUCCAUUAGUUACAAUAUAUGGCUAAUAAAAAUUCUUGGUUUAAAAUUAUUUUCUUGUGGUAAAAGUGAUAAAAUAAAAACCAGAAAUUACUAAUCAGAA